AUGGUCAACUCAAGAGGGGGCACAUUUACACCUUCGCCUGCACAGCAAACCAUUGUGACUGGCGUUAGUCAUUCACCUCACGGAUCGCAUCACGGUGCCUUUAGUGCUGGCGCAAGUCCCAGCACAAGCAGUCCCACUGGAUCAAAUUCACUUACCAAGAUCGUGGUCGCUCAGGUUUACCUCCUCCUCAGCACCAUCAAGGAGGAUAAGGAUCGCACAAAGUGGGAAGAGAAAGCUGAGCAGCUCAGAAAGCUGAUCAAUGACCACGGUAUGGAAGUAUUCCAAAAGUACUUCAGUCGCCUUGUGACUGCCAAUGCACACACGAUCUUUGGACUGUCGAAUAGAACGCCAAACAACGCAGCGACCUAUCCGAUAUUAUGUGGCGAGAUAGAGAAGAUUGGGCGAGAUGUCGAGCAGGCAAGAAAGAUUGCGGAAUCAAUAGAAGCCGCAAAUGAGGACAUCUAUCGCGAUUUCGACCUGUCGACCUUCAUGCAGCAUUUCCACCUAGACGCGCUCGAGAAGACAAUUCUAGCACUGGCAUUCAAGAUAGGCUCGAGGCCUGACCUCAAAACCAAAUCUGAUGCAAUAUUGGCUGCAAACUUUAUUGAACUGACUAAAAUCCUCGCCCAACAAUUCCCCGAAUCUCGAGAUAUGGCGCCUGAAUUCCUAGCGACCAUUAUCGAUCGUUUCAUUCAAGAACAUCCACCCAAUUUCGACCAACACGCAAAAGACGAGCUUAUCUUCGCCAUUAAUUUCCGAUACACCGGUUCAGAAGCUGCCACUCCUACAGAAAUUCUGGCUGCUCUAUAUCUGCUGAAGAGCUUGGGCGAUCGAAACACAUUAGUUCACUAUCUAAAGCUAGUCGGAUCGAAAAUUACACAGGAAGAAGAUACUUGUAUACAUUAUCUGAGAGCAGCCAAGGGUGAAGGUGUACAGCUGAAUGAAGAGCAGGUCGCGGCGGCUUUAAUAUAUGCCGCCAUCAGUCAAACACCCGUCUUAUAUAUGCCCACCUUGGUCAACAGCAUCCGCAAAGUCGUCUCAUCAAUUAGCUGGCCUGAAGUAAUCCGAAAUUUUGAUCAGGAAAGCCUACGAAUUACACCAAAACAGUUUUUGGCCCUUUACAACGGCCUCCGGCCUCUGGCGCAAGACGGCUUGUUAGACAUCCAGCAUAUGUGGGGAGGAAAAUGGCGUAAUCCUGAAACGCAACUUUCUUUCAUUGGUGCUUUUCUCUCGUUGACAUCUGACCAACUUGAUGCUACAACUAUUCCUAACCUACAAGUAUCCUUCACGUUAGAGGAGUUCACAGGAACCGAGCCGGAGACGUAUGAACGAGCAGCGAAAGCCGUCAAGCAUCCUCUUGUUUCUUCCUGGGCGUUAUCGGCUAUGUUCAAUGUUGCAUUGGAAGGCCAAGAUGCCUCAGAAACCAUAGAGGCAAAAAGACUCUUUCAGGGCGUGGUUGUUCCUAAUCUUGACAUUUUUCUGGUCUCUGCUUUCGGCGUUCCCAAACCUUGGCCUGAUAUUGCGGUCGACACCAUUAAUACCCUAUUUAAUCGCUUCCUCUACAAAUACGAUCCCAACUACGAUUUUGUCUGCGACGGGUUAUGGAAGAAGGACAAAUCAUGGGUUGCUGCACGGCUCGUAGAUGCCCAUGCAAAAUCACCAAUGGAUUUACCUCUUAUAUUGGACCAUGCGAUUCGCCAUAACUGGCUGGAGGACUUGGUAUCUAUGCUUAGCGGCUUUGGGCUGGAUCUUACUGCUCUUGCUCAUGCUCGAGGCCGAUUGGACUUAAAGAAAUGGAUCGGGCUCCUGGAUGCUGCUCAAAGGCCAAACCUUUCUUCAUCACUGAUCACAUUUUUGAGUAUCAAAGCAAGACAUGAGCUUGAUUAUCAGAAAUCUGAUCGUCUCAUCAGCAUGUCAUUACCUGUCAAGACUAUUUACGCACUAUUGACUGUACUACGGGAGAUACUCGAUACGGCUCCUCCUGAACAUGAGCUCAUAAUCGUUCAGCGCCAGUGCAUCACUGCGUAUCCUCGUCUUAUCAAUUACGGAGAAGGCUUCGACGAUGUGAUCGACAAAAACGGGGAGUCUGGUAAUCUUCUCCCGAGAAUAGCAAACGAGCGGAUGGAAGAGCAUUACAAGCGGAUGUACAAUCAAGACCUGGAGGUCAGACAAGUCGUGGAGGCUCUGCGCUCAUAUAAAAGGUCGCAAAAUCCAGAGGACCAAGACAUAUUCGCAUGCAUGAUUCAUGGCCUCUUUGAUGAGUAUGACAUAUACUCAACUUAUCCACUCGACGCUCUUGCCACAACAGCUGUACUGUUUGGUGGUAUCAUUCAACAUAAUCUGAUAUCAAACAUUCCAUUGGAGGUUGGUCUAGGCAUGAUUCUCGAAGCAGUCAAACCUCGAAGCCCUCCAAGCGAGUCCAUGUUCAAAUUUGGCUUACAGGCCCUUAUACAAAUGAAAGAUCGACUGAGUGAUUGGCCCGGGUUCUGCAAUCAGCUACUUCAGAUCCCAGGACUUCAGAAUACCGAAGUGUGGACCAAAGCGGAAGAAGUGUGGCAAGCCACGCAAGAACAGGGUCAAAAUGGACUUGGAAACGCCGCCGAUCAUCAGUACCCGAAUGGCGGCAUUACCGACAACAAUAUUGACGAAAUGCUCGCCCCGGAGCCCAGCUGUGCUCCCUUCAACGCCCUUUGGGUGGAUGAUUAUGGUACCGAUUACGACGUUCCGAACAGUAAAGUCCAGGAGGAAAUACAGUUUUUGAUGAACAAUGUCACUGCCGAAAAUCUAGAGGACAAAUAUGUUGAACUUAGAGACAUGGUAGCAGAGCAAAACCAGCAAUGGUUCGCAAGCCAAUUGGUUGAACAACGUGCCAAGAGAGAACCGAACAACCACCAGCAAUACCUGAAUCUCAUCAAGCUUAUCGGAAGCAAGACAUUGUGGUCUGACAUUCUUCACGAAACAUAUGUGAGCGCUUUCAGGUUAUUGAAUUCUGAAAGUGUGCUCCAUAACCAGAACGAUCGCACUCUCCUGAUCAACCUUGCAAUCUGGCUUGGUUCUCUUACUCUCGCACGGGACAAGCCAAUCAAACACCAAAACAUUGCCUUCAAGCAGCUCCUUAUGGAGGCGUUUGAUACCAAAAGACUUAUCGCGGUCAUACCGUUCGUUUGUAAGGUUAUGGCACAAGGACAACAUUCAACAGUGUUCAAACCGCCUAAUCCUUGGGUCAUGGACAUCAUCCAGCUUCUCAUGGAGCUCUACCACCAUGCACCUGACGUGAAACUGAACCAAAAAUUUGCGAUCGAGGUUCUCUGUUCAGAUUUUGGUGUGAACCACGAGGCCAUCGAGACUUCCGGGGACAUUCUCAAUCGCGCACCGAUUGAGGAGGCCACAGAGGUCAUGUCCCAGGAGGUCAUGGAUCGCUUCGAAAAUCUUGCCAUCAUCGAACGUCUUGCAAGUGAAAGAUUUUCUCCAGAACAGAUUGCAAGAUCUCUUCCGGACCUUGGACCGGAUCUUAUCCUGCCUCCACCAAAUGACAUGGUCAACCAAGCACGGCUGCACGAGAUUCUGCGCACUGCCAUCAGCCGUGCUGUUGCUGAGAUCAUAUCACCUGUCGUUGAAAGAUCAGUGACCAUUGCUGCGAUUUCAACGGCUCAGAUGAUUCAUAAGGAUUUUGCUACCGAACCCGACGAAGAGAGGGUUCGUGCAGCUGCUAUCAACAUGGUAAAGAAGACCGCUGGGAGUCUUGCCUUAGUAACGUCGAAGGAGCCACUGCGUGCUAGCAUGACCAACUACAUCAGGUCUACCUCUGGUGAGCUUUCGCAGGGUCUGGCCGAGGGCACGAUCAUCAUGUGCGUUAACCAAAACCUUGAACUGGCUUGCAAGCAAGUUGAGAACAAAGCCGAGGAGCGCGCUGUCCCCGAGAUUGAGGAAAUGAUGGAGAACGAGCUUGAAAGGCGACGACAACACAGGCUGAUGAGACCUGAGGAGCCUUAUAUUGAUCCAGAGCUGAGCCGUUGGUCCUGGACUAUACCCUCUCCUUACAAGUUGCGACCAAACCGGGAUGGUCUAAACGAGCAUCAAAUGGCCAUCUAUGAUGAGUUUGCUAGACAGCCACGUCCUCAGUCAAUCUCAGGCACUGCUCAUGUCGCCACAUCGUCCGAUGCGACUAGAUCGAUGGCCAACGAGAUAUUGCAAGACCAGUACUCGGCAGUGCCUCAUCUCACAGGCCCUACAGAGCCACCUGCGAUGGCUCAUGCGAGCAACCACCAGCUUCCAUAUGCUCCAAGUGCCACCACAACCAAUGGCCGACUGCCAAACAUGCCGCAAUCACAGAUGGAAUCAAGGCUUGUCACUGAAAAUUUUGAAAAGACUCUCAUGGAACUGAAACGAGUCGCGGCUGAAUCCUCAGAGGAACAUUACAAAGACCUUCCGCGGCCUAAUCCUGUGGUCGAUUUCAUGGAUGCACUAUUCAACUUGAUCGUCAGAUGUUCAGGAACCCCAGCUGAAUUGGACAUCAUUCUAGUGGACAGUCUGUGUGCCUUUGUUUUCAGCGGCUCGUCGCAAGAGUCUCUGCUAGUGGAGUGUCUGGUCACGGUACUAACACAAAUUUACCGGAUUGGCGCCAAAUAUACAAAUCGGAUCGCACUCCGAAUUGGCCAACAGCCCAGCGAGUCACUGCUGAAUUUCCCACUAGCCGCUGCUUUAAUUGAAGAGGGACUACUUGAAUGGCAACGUGUCGAUUCAGCAAUCUCUAAAGCCAUCCAACAUCGCAAGGAGGAGGCACUCGAGUUCUUGUUGGAGAUAGUUACGAAGUUCUUGUGCAAUGACAACCCUUCUGCACUUUAUACGGAUCUCGCAAGAAGUUUGGAAGUUGCCUGGAACUGGAUUGACGAUGCGGCCCUUGCAACCCCUGAAGUUGGACAAAAGUUGAGGCAAGUCAUGAAGGCUUCCGCUGUCCCACAACACGGUAUCCGCAGCGUAGAUGACCGAUUGCACGCCAAGCAGGAACAGAUGGCAUAUGUGUUUGACUCAUGGGUUCGUCUCUAUGACAACAGCAUCGCAACUGAGAAAUCUUCUGCCGAGUUUAUUGAGCAGAUGUUUCAAACGCAGCUCAUCAACGAUCGCGACGAUCUCCUCAUAUUCCUCCGACAAGCCAUCGAUAGCUCUGUGGAAAAAUUCGAGCACCUCAUUCAGACCCACCUCAUUGUUGAUGCCUACGUACCUAUUGACGCUCUUGCUAAGCUGGUCUCGUUGCUUGUCAAACGGCCCCAGCGUGAUGGUGAAGUGAAGAAUGACCGGGCUAAGUAUCUAGGAAUGAUACUUUCGCUGGCUGUCUUUGUUCUCAAUUACCAUCACCUCACCCGUGGGGAAGCUUUUAACCAGAGAGUGUUCGCUCGCUUCUUUUCGGCUUUACUAAUUCAGAUGAAGCCGCUUUCCAAGGACGAGCUAAGUGAGCUUGAAUGUCGCGACAUCUUGUUGGUCUUCGCACGCAACUUCCUAGAAUUGGACCCAUCAUAUUUCCCUGGGUUCGUGUUUCAAUGGUUCAGCUUGAUCUCACACCGAGAUUUCAUGCCCAAUCUAUUGAGACUCCCUGAACAAGAAGGAUGGGAGCCGUUUGCCAAAAUCAUGGAAACUUUGUUAACUUACGUCGGCGAUUUGCUGAAACCCAUCCAUCUCGCAGAGAUGACAAAGCGAGUCUACGGCGGAGUUCUCAAAAUACUUGUCGUCUUGCAACAUGAUUUCCCAGAUUUCGUUUCUGCCAAUCACUCCAGACUAUGCGCUAAGAUCCCAAGUCAUUGCAUUCAGUUGCACAAUUUAAUACUCAAUGCGAACCCGGUUCGAUUCCAGAAGAUGCCCGAUCCGCUGCAACCUGGAUUAAAGGUCGACCGCAUCGAAGAGAUGCGAACCAGCCCUCAGAUUGUGACCAAUGCUGAGGAGAUCUUGGCACAAAGUGAUCUCCUGGAGCUGCUCAACAAAUCAAUCCAGCAAGGCCCUUCAGAGGAUGUCGUGGCUCAAAUAUCUCAUACCAUUCAGCGCAAAAGAGGGCGCCAAUCUAGUCUUGGCUUCACCCCUAUCAACGUUGACCGACGACUGAUAGAAGCACUGAUCAUUCACGUGGGUAUGCAAGCUAUUGCAAAAGCGGAGGCGAAGGAUGCACCGACCUUCGCAAUAAAUACUUCCGAUACAGCACUGUUCAAGAUGCUUGUGCAUGAACUACAACCUGAAGCUCGCUACUACUUUCUCAGCAGCAUGGUUGAUCAGCUGCGAUAUCCAAACUCACAUACGCACUAUUUUAGUCAAGCGUUGUUGAACCUCUUUGGCAGCGAUAUGAACGACCAAGAAGAGUCGGAUAUUCGCCAGCAGAUCACUCGGGUUCUGCUGGAAAGAUUGGCUGGCCAAUGGCCACAGCCAUGGGGACUUAUUGUCACCAUCCAUGAGCUCGUCAAGAACGAUCAGUACAUGUUCUUCGAACUCCCAUUUAUCAAGUCUGCAACACCCGAUGUCGCUGAGCGCUUCGCGGCUAUUGCAGCACGCCCAUAUCCUUCGAUGUAA